CAGUCCGAGUCCGAGUCACAGGAGUCCGGAGGCUUUCAGCGAAGAGACGAGACUUAACAAAGCAUCCCAGAACGCCAGCGGACACAGGACGAGAAAUUAGCUCAACUGCAUUUCUUUUUACACCGAAUUUAACUUUUUUUCCCUUCACUUUUCCCAUUUUUUCCCUCAACUGUCGCAAGUUUGUGGAAGUUAAGAUGAGGAAUCUGUGCUUGCUGUUCCUCGUCGGACUGGCGACUGGGUCCAUCAGCGAAAAGCUCUUCGUCCUCUCCCAGUCAUCCACCGCAGAUGACCUGUACAUAGAAGGUCGAACAUCAGGUGACCUCCCUAUAGAUGAUGAAGACGGUGAAGACGACGGGUCAGGGUCUGGAUCUGGAGACUAUCCUUUCAGCGACAUCGCAGACAAAGAGGAGCAGCUCAAGAGGUUCCUCAACUUCUCCAGAGAAAUGCUACCACUUCAGCCACAACCGACAGACUCUGCUCACAACCCGCCGACCACAGCAGCAGAUCCAGCAACCACCGUGAAGGACACUGAGACGACACCAUUCAUCCUCCCUGACGGAGACAAGGAGGUGCCAGGUAUCGGCCCGACAGCUGACUGGUUCGCACACGAUCCCACUGCCACGCCUCCCAGCAAAACCACCGCAGCUGAACUCAGCACGGACGUGACUGCAACCGAAGAUGCCGACGAGGACAAGUGGGACAAUACCUUACCUGUAGAUGAGGAUCUGAACAGAAUGGUCGUAGAUGAUGUUUAUGCCAUUGGUGGUCGAGACAGCAGAAGAAAUGAGAUCAACUCUGCUGAAGAAGUGACCUCUGAGAACUUGUGGGAGAGGACGGAAGUGCUGGCAGCUGUGAUAGCAUGUGGCGUAGUUGGAUUCCUCUGUGCCGUCUUCCUCCUCCUCCUCCUCGCCUACCGCAUGAAGAAGAAGGACGAAGGAAGCUACGACCUUGGAGACAACAAACUUUCAUCAACAGGCUACCAGAAAGCGCCAACCAAAGAGUUCUAUGCCUGAACAAAACCAAAAGGGACAAUAUAGAGUGGAAUCUGUCUCCUGCCAGGCAGGACAUGAAGAUGGAUAACUAUAAACAGCUGAAGAUGAUUCCUCUUGAUGAAGUUUGAAGUAAAACACUUGCUUCUUCUCCAGUGCACCGUACAGUUUAUUUGUCUGCUCAUUAUUCCUACUUUCGUCCUCUGCCAUCCUUCUGUCUUUUUCCUCUGCAUAAUGUUCAGUGUUUGUGAAGAAGGGCUCAUAAGAAAGCAAAAUAGGACUAUUCCUGUUAUUCCAUGUUAGGGAAGAACGUAAAUACACAUCUUAAAGUUUAAGAAAAGAAUCUUUACUUUGGAUCACAGCUGCUCUAGUGUUAGAAAGUGGUCAACUUAAAUAUAUUGACAACACUGUGCCUUUACAGCCAUUUUACUUCUCUAAGCUGAAGCCACUGGGCUAGAUUUGGUUCUGUAUUGCAGAGAACCAGCCCAGCUCAGCUAAACUGCACGAGGAAGAUGACAGGAACAUGAAUAUGAAAGCUUUAACGCAUUUGGAAUGCUAUUAAAUGAAAUGGUACUGCAUAUAGGAUUAGUAUUAAAAAGGGCCUUUAAAAGUCAAUACCUUUUCCCUUUAUUUGAGGUGAGAUUUGCUCUGCUUGUUCACAGCUGUCUGUGUUACAUUUCAUUUUCUUGUUUGCUUUCUGUUCUGAAAUGAAUAUUUUUGUUGUGAGAUUGAAUAUGUCUUUUCAUAUGCUGUCCAGUAUUGGUUUAAGGGAUUUUGUUACUCUGCAGGUACAAAUAUUGACACUUACCGAACUGACCAAAUAUAAAUGUGCUUUAUUUGUCUUCUGUAGCUUUUUUUCCGAGGUGUUUUCAUGUUUAGAGUUUAUAUUUCUGUAAGCCAUUUUUUAAUAGAGAUUGCUGUCUUUGUAUUCGUAGACCGGUAAGAGUCCCUCAGGCGUGCAUCUUUUGAACAUUUGUAAUAUUUUCAGAACUAUUUUAUUUGGUGACUGAGUGCUGCAAGCAUGAGGGACAGGUAGAGCCAAAGCUAAUGACUAUAAUUCAGAAACCGUAGAAGUGACCAGUGUCUUCUGACGACAGCCAAAGCACAUUCCUUUCUGCCUGUCAGCUGUAUAGAGCUAUAAUGGUGGGUUUGAAGUUAAAGGGACACUGACAGCAUUUGGUGUUUCUUCCAAAUCAGAGCUUAUGCAAACAGCAGGGCUAGAGAGUUUAAAAGGCAGUCCGUUACAGAUGUCAGUUUAAUUCUCAACUGUAAUGAGAAAUUUAUUUUUAAUCCACUCCUCUGCAUAUAAACUGUACUUCAUACAGCAGGCCAAAGGAACAUACAGUCAGCAUACAGAAGGCAGUAAACAACAACAGGGUGGUAUUCCAUUUUGAUAAGCAUAAAUCCCGUUAAAACCUGUAUUUUUGUCAUAAUACUGGGAGUAUGCCUUACAUGAGUUUUUUUUUUUACCAGCUAUCUACUGCCUCUAAUGUGUCAAAGAAGACUGCUUCUCGCAUCUGCUUCUUAUUGAGGUCUGUCAGAUUAACAUUUUUGAGAACCAACUUUGAUUGCGAGUAAGAUUAGAGGUGGGAUAAACUGUGAGUAAACCUGCUCACUUUCCACAAAUUCCCACCCAAACUGCUUUGCUUUGAGAUAUUUUUUUUUCUUAAUUUGAGUUUAAUGUAUAAAAAAAAUUGUUAAUUUGGUAUAUAUGCAUUUCUUUAUAGGACUGUAAUAAAUUUUUGUUAGAUUUGAGUCGAAGGCCAAAUUUGUAGCCUCUUUUGUCUGUUAAUAGUUUAAUUCCUUUCAUGAGGCAGUGGAACACCAGUCAAGGCUACUUCUUUCCAAUCCUAGAUUAUCUGAAUGCAAAUGAGAACUACUUAUUCACUGUGGCUGGAAUAAACAGGAAAAUGUGGCCACUAACCCGCUGUGACUUACUGUUGAUAUUUGUUGAGCGCUUGCAACCUCAGUGCCUCACAGUACCUUGUAUAUACAUUCAUUCUCAGUGCUGUUACAGUAUUAGUGUCAUGCUUUGACCUUGCAGCUGUAUAGACUGAACUUCCUGUGGUCCAGGAAACACUUCUGUCUGACAUAAACCAGACCAAUAGAGGGCUAAGACAACGGGUUUGCACUUGCUGGCAAUCCAGCAGGUGAUAAGACACAAUAACCUUUCUCUGUUAGGAUCUUUUAAGUUUAUACAGUAUGUUGAUGAUACUAUAAUUUAUGUGUAUUAUUUAUACUUACUUACACUAUAGCCUUGGUUAAUAUAUCAGUGAUAAUUUGGAUUGUACAGUAUUUACUCACGGUUAAAGCCUCUUUGCGCUCUUUUGUUUGAUAUUUAUGUUUUAGUGUGUUUGACGAGCUUUAGUUCAAUUCAUUUUCAAUUUCAUUAAGUUUUUUUUAGAUGCUUUUUCAUAUGAAUGCAUUAAAUAAAUGAUUCAACUAGAAUAAGUGCCUUAUAGAUAUAUUGCAGCUUUGUUUUCACGCAAGUUGAAGAUGAAUUGACUGAGGCUUUGAUUUUAACAAACAGCUGCACAAUAGUGAGGACCAACCAAGCAUGGACUUCCCAAUAAGACAUAUGCACAUAGAGGCGGCCAAUAGAGAACUGUGUUGCUGAGAUGGUGUAUCUUAUGAGAUUCACAAUAAAAGAUGUGGCUUGAAUGCAACGCUGAAA